CUGGACUCGAUACUACGCCGCCGAUCCCUCCUUUUUCUGACUGAAAUCCUCUCCCCGCUCGAGGCUCCGCUGGUAACCAUGGGUUGCGAUGACGAAGUGCUCAAGAUCAAGAAGAAGCUCGAUAAGAUGACCACGAGCGGCAGUAAAUGCACAAAUAUUGCAUGAAUUAAUCCUGAGAUAUCCCUCCCCACUGGAUAGAACUAGUGUCAGGACCAGACGCAGGCACUGGAUUUGUUGAAAGUGUUACAGACUCUUCCAAUCAACUUCCAGGUACUAUCUAAAACUCGCAUUGGCAUGACCGUCAAUGCCCUACGAAGAGCGUCCUCAGAUGAUGAUGUAAUUUCAACAGCUAAACAGCUCAUCAAGAACUGGAAAAAAUUUGUUCCUGACAAGAAAGAGGAUGAAGAUAAAGACAAUAAAGAAGAGAAGAAGAAGGACAAGGAGGAGAAAAAGGAGAGUAAGAGUGGCAGCAACAGUAACAGCAACAGCAGUAGCAGUGGGAGUGGGAGUUCCAAGCCUACCUCGUUUCCUCCUUCAGCUCCACCUACCACCGACGCCCUGCGGCUGAAGUGUCGAGAGAUGUUAACAAAUGCUCUCAAGUGUUCAGAAUUACCAGAUGGCAUUGUUGACACCCCAGAGAGUCUCGGAGAACAGAUUGAAGAAGCCAUUUAUCAAGAGUAUCGCAAUACUGAUGCUGCCUAUAAAAAUCGCUUACGAUCUCGGGUGUAUAACCUAAAGGACAGCAAGAACCCACAGCUGCGAGAAAAUGUCCUUAGAGGUGUUAUUUCUCCCAAGAGAUUGGCCACCAUGUCAUCUGAUGAAAUGGCAAGCGAUGAGAUGAAAGCACUUCGCGAGAAAUUCACCAAGGAGGCUAUCGAUGAUCACCAGCUGGCAGUGGCCCAAGGCACCAAGACCGACUUGCUGAAGUGUGGCAAGUGUGGACAGAGGGAUUGCACCUACAAUCAGAUGCAGACAAGAAGUUCUGAUGAACCGAUGACGACAUUUGUUUUGUGCAAUCACUGUGGCAACCGCUGGAAGUUCUGCUAAAACAAUUGGAGGAAUCCUUUGUGGGCCAAAAUACUAUUUUUUCUAGUUUUAUUUUGGAGGUGUUAACGAUUGACUCAUCCACGAAUGUUAGUUGGUAAAGUUGGUAUUAAACCUUCACCAUCAGAUAGACACACACACGCUCAAGCACACACACAUACACAUACACACAGGCACACUCAUUGACACUCCUAUGUGGAGACGUGUAGUAGAAAAGAAACCUUCACUCUAAUACUAAUGCUAACACAAACAACACUAAUGUAAACCCAGAUGCAGACACAAAGACACGCACAAGCACAAGCACAUGCACAAAACACAAAUGCAAACACUCACAAACUGUAUGUGCUAAUGCAUUGAUAAGAACUAUUGAGAGAUAAUUUAUGUAAUUUCAUACUUUUGCAUUAUACUCUACUGAAUAGUGCUCCGGGCUUAACACUAGAUUCAACUGCAAUAACUGACUGUAGAUAGUAACACCAUGCUAAGAACUCUUUAGCACUUGCUAUUGCACUUUUUUUUAUUAUUAUAUUUUGAUUUCUAUAUAAUAUUUUUGGAAGUAAAAUAAAAAAAGUAAAAUACUUUUCAUUCUAUCAACCUUUUUAUUUUUGUAAGUGUUGUAUCUUGAGAAAUAUUAGAAAGUUCAUCUACCAGACUUGAGUGGAAAAAAUUAAGCGUAGCCUUUAUUGCAGAGUUGGCAGGAUUGUGUACAAGAGUUUUGUUAUUUAGAUAUGUUGCCCACAGAUGCAUGGAGAUUUGCUGUAAAGAAAAGGGUCUUUCAGAAUAAAUGUCAUGGUUUUCAUUUAUGUUUAUUUUACAUGUGGAAAGGAAAUUUCAAGCUUUAAAUUUAUUUAAUAGGAGUCAUAGGUAGUGUAAAAUCCGUAGCAGCACACUGCAGGAAGAAAUUAUUUUAAAUUUGAUCAAGGAGAGUGCAUGUAUUUUGAACAGUUCAGUGACAUAGUGUUGGUUUUUCUUUUCGAUUAUUUUUUUAUUGGUUCUAUUUGUUAUACAUGUUCUGAACCUAAGGUCAGUUCCCCAAAUGUUGUUUCCCAUUGAGAAGAAACUGUUAUGAAUCUUUGUUUUUGUUCUUUGAUAUGCUUUUUUUUAAUGCUCUACUGAUUUAGGUUAAAAUAGAAAAGCCUUGUGUAAAUAAAACCAGGUCUUAUAACUUUUUCUUUCUUUAUUCAUAAUGAAAUGCUAUUGGACACUUGGUAGAACAUAAUGUGGAAAAUUGAGGAAAUAUGUUAAGAGGAAUAUAUUAAGUCCUAAAAUGUUUAGCAACUUUUGUUUUAUGGGCAAAUGAAAGUUCCUGGUAUCUCUUUGAUGUAUGUGAAAGUGAAAUUGUCAAAUUUUACUUUACCAUUCCAGAAAAAGGAAAGAAAAUAAUUGGAAUAAUCGUGUCUUUAGGAAAUUAACAUCACAAAACAAUUUAUAUAUCUAUAUAUAUAUUUAGCUGUUUCCAUAAUGAUGUGAACUUGUUUAUAUAUAUAUAUGUAUAUGAAUAUAUAUAUAUAUAUAUGAAAGGCUGUGUUUCUAUAUUUGUGGCUAUAUAUUUGACAUGCAUUUCAUUUUUUAUCACAGCCAUCUUUUAACUUUACUGUGGAGCAUAUGUAUCAAGCAUCAAUAGGAAAUUUACUUGAUAUAGGUUGCUUUGUGAUUCGUGUAAUUUUAGUGUAAGUCGUCAUAUUUAUUAGUUUAAUGUGAACUUGCGCAAAAUUACCUUUUGUCCGGACUUUGUGCAAAGCCAAUGCAGUAUAGGAAACAACAAGACCAUCUGUAUGGCUUGAAUUGAUUUUAUUUUCAGUUGGAGUAUUUCCAAACUUGAAAGGCUUAAUUCUAGAAUUAAUGCAGUUUUCAUAUCUUGAGUACUGUGUUCUUGUCAAUACAAAUGUACCUGUAGAA